AUGGGAUUCUUAGAUAGUGCAAUUACUACGAGGAAAACAAAAAGUAACAUAAAAAAAAAGGAAAACCUUGACAAGCCAUCAGAAGUGUGGGAAAGUAUGGUAGUAUUAGAAGGUGGUGGGCUGGUUUCACAAGAUUCUCAGGAUAUUGAAGACCUUGAUGAGGACGAGACUGUUGGGAAGGAUGAACCAAACAUCCCUGUUCUCACACAACAAAGGCCAACUCUGCAGAAUGUCACAAAUGAUAUUCAGAGUCUUAGAAAAGAGAAACAAGAAGUGAAGAAGAGGAAGCCUGAUAUUCCUCUGGACGAAACACAGGGCGAUUCACUCUACGAAGUUCUAGCGCUGCCGAAAACAGCUACCAGCGAAGAGAUAAAAAAGACUUACCGACGUCUCGCGCUGAAAUUCCACCCCGAUAAGAAUCCCAACAAUCCAGAGGCAGCCGACAAAUUCAAAGAAGUCAAUAGGGCCCAUUCCAUAUUGAGCGACGCCACCAAACGGAAUAUAUACGAUAAUUACGGAUCUUUGGGCCUAUAUAUAGCUGAACAGUUUGGAGAGGAGAACGUUAAUGCCUACUUUGUAGUUACCUCUACUUGGUGCAAGCAAGUGUAUCUAUCCAAUUGUUAUGCUCAAAAUUUGAAAGAACAGGAGACUAUCAAUUAUUUGUUGAAAAAAUCCUAUACGUUAGAAGAUAUUUUGAAAAUUUUGAAAGUUGAAAAUAAUGGAAUAAAAUUCAAUCCUUCUAGUGUCAUUAAGAGACAAUGGAUUGAAACGCUCAAAUACACUACUGAACGACCAGAUGGACCUAAAAAAUAG